AUGUCUGAAAAUAUUCCCUCCGGCGACACGGCUGCUGAACUGCAACCGUCGAUUGCAGCACGCACCGAUAACGGUAACGAGAAUGGCGAACCUGUCGAUGCGCUCGGCCCCUAUCCCACAGAGGAGGAGCUGAAGACUCUCCGCCGCAUCUCUGACAAAAUUCCCCUCAGCAUCUACACCAUGACGGUCAUCGAGUUCUGCGAGCGCUUCUCCUACUAUGGUGUGAUGGUCGUCGUCACAAAUUUUGUGCAAUGGCCGAUGCCCGCUGGAUCUCUCACGGGCGCUGCUCUUCAUGGCCAGCCGGGUGCCAUGGGCUUUGGGCAGCGCGCCGCGACCGCUAUCACCACCUUCAACGUCUUCUGGCAGUACUUUAUGCCCCUGUUUGGAGCCUAUGUCGCCGACACCUACUUGGGCCGCUUCCGGACCGUGGCUCUGGCGCUUGGCAUCGACAUCAUCGGCCACGGCAUCCUGCUCGUCGCUGGGCUGCCGCCACUCCUCAAGCAAACGCCAGCCACGGGUUCCCUGGCUGCCCUACUCUUGAGAAUGCUCAUCAUCGGCGUCGGCACGGGCGGCUUCAAGCCCAAUAUCAACCCGCUGGUCGUCGAGCAGGCCGUGUCGUCCCACAUGUUUGUCCGCGUAUUGCCCAAGACGGGUGAGCGAGUAAUUGUCGACCCAGCCGUCACAUCGUCGCGCGUGUUCCACUAUUUCUACAUGUUCAUCAACAUCGGCGCUCUCUUCGGCCAGGCCGGGAUGGUGUACGCGGAAAAGCGCGUUGGCUUCUGGCUGUCCUUUAUGCUGCCGACCUGCAUGCUGUGCCUCUGCCCGCCCAUUGUGCUGGUCGGCCGCAAACGGUACGUGCGUGUGCCGCCGCAAGGAUCGGUGCUGAGCAAGGCUCUGCGGCUGUUUUUGCUGGCCAACCAUGGACGCUGGUCCGCCAACCCCGUGAGAACCUACCGAAACCUGAAUGACGGCACCUUUUGGGAGCGCGUCAAGCCGUCGCAGAUUGCCGCGGCGGACCGCCCGAGCUGGAUGACCUUUGACGACGCCUGGGUCGACGAGGUGGCGCGUGGUGCCAAGGCCUGCGCCGUGUUUGCAUGGAUGCCCUUCUUCUGGCUGUGCUACAACCAGAUGACAAGCAACCUGAUCUCGCAGGCCGCCGUGAUGCGCCUGGACGGCGUGCCCAACGACGCACUGCUGGCCAUCGAGUCCGUGUCGCUCGUUGUCUUGAUCCUGCUGCUCAACGAGGCCGUCUACCCGCUGCUGCGCCGCUUCCGCAUCCACUUCACGCCCAUCAAGAAGAUUGCCGUCGGCUACGCCGUUGCCAGAGCUGCCAUGGCCUAUGCCGCCCCCCUGCAGUACUUCAUUUACAGGGAGAGUGAGUGCGGCAAGUAUGCGUCUGGCAAGCUGCCCAGUGGCGAGCGCUGUGCCAACGUGAACAUUAGCGUCUGGGCGCAGGGCGGCGCCUAUGCACUGCUGUCGCUCGCCGAGAUUUUGAUUUCCACGACCUGCCUCGAGUACGCCCAGUCCAAGGCCCCCAAGAACAUGCGGUCCAUGGUCCAGGCCGUCUCGCUAUCGAUGAACGCCAUUUCGACCGCCCUGGGCUUUGCCUUUGUCGCUCUGUCCUCAGACCCCAAUCUGGUCUGGAACUACGGUGCCACAGCCGUGCUGGCCGCCGUCGUAGGUACGGGCUUCUGGUUCACGUUCCGCGGCCUCGACCAGAAGGAGGACCACUUGAAUAUGCUGCCCAACGGGGUGCUCAAUGGUGUCUCACCAGCAGAGAUGCAGCAGCAAGCCAACGAGACGGCGAAUGAGGUUAUUUAA